AUGCGCAUGUGCAACCAGAACGGCGGCGGGAAGUGUUGCGCAGGCGCGUCCGAUCGACUCGGUAGGUGGGGAGCUCUUGGAGACGGCGACCCAGGCAUCCGGGGGGUCACAGAAGUCGUACUCCCUUAAACUUUCCGUUCCUCGAUCCCCUUGGGAUCCCUCUGACCUGCGGCGGGAAAGUCGCGCGCCUGCGCACUAAGCAUCCGGUUUGGUCUCGGGCCCGAGGGUAGCGGGUAGUUCCCGGCUGUGCUAGCGAUCAGGGCUGGCAGGAGGAUUCCCAUUCAUUCCCCCUUCCCCUCCUCCGCCCGGCACUCGUGACCCAGGGUCGUAUCAGUUCUCCAUCAACUUGCGUGGGGCGGGGGCGUUGGACGAGCCUCCUGGCGCUCCCUGUCAGUGGCGAAAUGGUUUCCUUCCUCAGUCCUUUUCCUAACUUCAAACCGCCCUCGGCGCUCGGCCCCUCCUCCUAGCGGUCCCGCAGACUACGCCCGACUCGCCUCCCCCACCACGCCUGCUGCUGCGUGGGUGCCCCGACCUGGAAAUUCUCCCUGCAGCCCCCUGCCAGUGUUUCUGAAAGGUGAAAGUAAAGCAUAUGGAAUUCCUUAGAAAUGACCACAGUAUGCCCUACUGUGGAGGUUUGAACACAUGCUGCUUUGCUCCCCCUGUGGAUGUAACCCCUUAGCUGGCAUUUUGCAUCCCUUUUUGUCUUGUGAUGGAGGCGUCUUUGGGGAUUCAGAUGGAUGAGCCUAUGGCUUUUUCUCCCCAGCGUGACCUGUUUCAGGCUGACGGCUCUUUAACAAAAAACGAGCAGAAUUUUAAACUUUCAGGUGUUAAAAAAGAUAUUGAGAAGCUUUAUGAAGCUGUACCACAGCUUAGUAAUGUGUUUAAGAUUAAGGACAAAAUUGGAGAAGGCACUUUCAGCUCUGUUUAUUUGGCCACAGCACAGUUACAAGUAGGACCUGAAGAGAAAAUUGCUCUCAAACACUUGAUUCCAACAAGUCAUCCUAUAAGAAUUGCAGCCGAACUUCAGUGCCUAACAGUGGCUGGGGGGCAAGAUAAUGUCAUGGGAGUUAAAUACUGCUUUAGGAAGAAUGAUCAUGUCGUUAUUGCUAUGCCCUAUCUCGAGCAUGAGUCGUUUUUGGACAUUUUGAAUUCUCUUUCCUUUCAAGAAGUACGGGAAUAUAUGUUUAAUCUGUUCAAAGCUUUGAAGCGCAUCCACCAGUUUGGUAUUGUUCACCGUGAUGUUAAGCCCAGCAAUUUUUUAUAUAAUAGGCGCUUGAAAAAGUAUGCCUUGGUAGACUUUGGCUUGGCCCAAGGAACCCAUGAUACGAAAAUAGAGCUUCUCAAAUUUGUCCAGUCUGAAGCUCAGCAGGAAAGGUGUUCACAAAACAAAUCCCAUGUAAUAACGGGAAACAAGAUUCCAUUGAGUGGCCCUGUACCUAAGGAGCUGGAUCAGCAGUCCACCACAAAAGCUUCUGUUAAAAGACCCUACACAAAUGCACAAAUUCAGAUUAAACAAGGAAAAGAUGGAAAGGAGGGAUCUGUAGGCCUUUUUGUCCAGCGCUCUGUUUUUGGAGAAAGAAAUUUCAAUAUACACAGCUCCAUUUCACAUGAGAGCCCUGCAGUGAAACUCAUGAAGCAGUCAAAGACUGUGGAUGUACUGUCUAGAAAGUUAGCAACAAAAAAGAAGGCCAUUUCUACAAAAGUUACGAAUAGUGGUGUAAUGAGGAAAACUGCCAUUUCUUGCCCAGCUAGCCUGACCUGUGACUGCUAUGCAACAGAUAAAGUUUGUAGUAUUUGCCUUUCAAGGCGUCAGCAGGUUGCCCCUAGGGCAGGUACACCUGGAUUCAGAGCACCAGAGGUCUUGACAAAGUGCCCCAAUCAAACUACAGCAAUCGACAUGUGGUCUGCAGGUGUCAUAUUUCUUUCUUUGCUUAGUGGACGAUAUCCAUUUUAUAAAGCAAGUGAUGAUUUAACUGCUUUGGCCCAAAUUAUGACAAUUCGGGGAUCCAGAGAAACUAUCCAAGCUGCUAAAACUUUUGGCAAAUCAGUAUUAUGUAGCAAAGAAGUUCCAGCACAAGACUUGAGAAAACUCUGUGAGAGACUCAGGGGUAUGGAUUCUAACACUCCCAAGUUAACAAGUGAUGCACUACAAGGGCCUGGUUCUCAUCAACCAACUUUUUCAGAGGAGACUGACCGUAAAGCUUCUCACCUCAUACAGACAUCUCCAGGACAAUACUCAGGGAAUUCAUUUAAAAAGGGGGACAAUAAUAGCUGUGAACGUUGUUUUGAUGAGUAUACUACCAAUUUAGAAGGCUGGAAUGAUGUACCUGAUGAAGCUUACGAUCUGCUUGAUAAACUUCUAGAUCUAAAUCCAGCUUCAAGAAUAACAGCAGAAGAAGCUUUGUUGCAUCCAUUUUUUAAAGAUAUGAGCUUGUGAUGAUGGGUCUUCAAUUAAAGUUGACAGUUUAGGGGUAAAAUAAAAAAGAAUACUUGGUAAGAGCCAUAAGUUCUUGUUUAGAGACCACAACAGGAUGAGUAAUUUAUUUUAACAUUGUAGUGUUUGGUGGCACAUUCUAAAAUAUAGUUAAGAUUACUUAAAAUUCCUGGGAUAGUUCUUGGGACUAACAUGAUCUUCUUUGAGUUAAACCCACCUAAGUAGAUUUUAGGUGGGUUCCUGUUAGGUCACAUUUUUAGUUUCCCUAGUUACCUUUCACUGACAUAUGCAGAAAAAGUAGCAGUUUUAGUUUUAAUUAAUUAAAAUUAAUGGAUGUGAUGAGGAUUAAAAUGAAUCAAAAGAAUUUAUAGGUUGUUUAGAGUUACGAGCUAUGUAUACUUUGGGAAAGCUCAACCUGGUGCUGAUGCUCUAACAAUUUUGUAAGUAAAGAAAAUAAUUUCCUUUCUAGAGGUACAUUUUAUGCCUUUUAUGAACACUAAAACGAGGAAAUGUUGGUCAAGGACAAAAUAUCACUUAAAAUUGAAUUUAUCCAUUUUUAAAACAUAUUUUAUGAAAGCAUUUUAGUGUGACUGGCCAUUUUUUCUCAAUGGCUUCUCUUGAUUUUUCUUCUUCUCUGCCCCUACUUAAAACAUUUUCCUCAGAAAUUAUAUGGUGCUGACCACAAAGUUUCUGGAUGUUUUAUUAAAUAUUGCAUGUGUUUACAGUUGGGAAUGUAAAAUAAUACAUACACUGGUUGAUAAAGGGAAGCUGCAGGACCAAGGUGAAGAUUGAUAGUCCAGAUGCUUUUCUUUUUUGAAUUAUAUGUUUUUUCACACCAUCUUAGAUAUAACUAGGUAGGUGCUGAAAGGAAAAGUGGAUAGAGUUGAUAAUAUUGUUGGAGAUUUUUUCCUCUGCCUAGAGCCAUCCAGAUCUCUAUAUCCAGUUUUGACUAAGUCUUAGGUGGGUUGGGAAGAGAGAUAAUGAAGUAGGCAAAGUAGAAAAGAACCCAAGAUAGAGGUGUAUAUUCAGAAAUGACAUAUAUCAGUGACAGUGUAUCAAACUUCCAAUGGGAAAAAGUCUGGUGGGUGGGUCAGCUGACAUAUUUCCUGUUUAGUAGUCAUAGAAUACAGAUGUAGUUUAGAGACAUACAUUCAUUUUGUUAUUUUGAGAACUGAUAGGUCAGUAUAUGUACCUAACCUAUUUGGUAAAUAUAGGAUAUAUCUAUAUAAACCAUUACCAUUCAUCUGCUCUUAUGCCAUAAUCUGUUUUUAAAAAUUGAAUGCCGUUGAAUUUGUAUAUUUAAUAAAGUUAUCCUUUUAUA